UUCUACUGCGACAGAAGUGCUCUGUCCGUACAUCCGUGUUUAUAUCAGACAGCAGGCUCGGCUGAGCAGGGUUUUGUGAAGAUGACGGACCAGAAAGCGGAGAAUAUUAGCUCUAUCCCCAUUGAUGGGUUCAGCAAUUUAAGAAUUACUUCGAUAUGGACGUUUCUCAUGUCUGUGCAGUGGUCGGAACCUUGGCUUAUCGGUCUGUUGGUGUUUCAUGUUGUGUGUUUGUUCCUGACUGUACUGACCUGCAGGUAUUACAGAGCUCAGAUAUGCCACUUCCUGCUCAUGGUUGGCCUGGUGUACACUGCUGAAUAUGUAAAUGAGCUGGCAGCCAUGAACUGGAAGUCCUUUUCUAAUUUCCAGUACUUUGAUUCCAAGGGCAUGUUCAUAUCUUUGGUCUACUCUAUUCCUCUUCUGCUGAAUACAGUCAUCAUUGUGAUGGUGUGGGUGUACAGGACCAUUUCCACUAUGACGGAGCUGAAGACUCUCCAGCUCAAGCGAAAGGCCCGCAGAGAGAAGAGAGAGAAGAAUGACUGAUCCCUCUUUUUAUGUCCAAAAAUGGGCUUCAUUGGGAGGAAUUAGGAAUCCGUGUCUCCUUCUAUGCUAAUCCUGAAUUGUGGAGACGGAAGGCAGAUUCCUUCUUGUGACUGUAAAAGGAUUGUUCGUGGAUGUCGGUCAGGACUGGGUGUUUCUGGUAACAGCUGUUGAAAGAUGCUGCUGAAUGUACUGUACACUAUGAGAUUUACGAGGACCAAAGGUCAUUUGCUGUUUUGUAUUUAAUGUUGUUUUAAAGUGUGUUUAAAUGCACAACGAAUGAUAAAGUGUUUUUGAACAACU